AUGUCGUCACACAAUAUCGUCAACCAGACCACCGCCAACCGUUACGAGGUGUCGGUCUGGCACGAGAUAAAGGAUUACAUAGAUGCUUCGUUGUCUCUCACCACCGAAUGUUCUCCUAGUCCCAUCCCCUUUGCCCUUUGUCCACUUUGCCGCGAGGAGCUUGACAUACAGGGCAUUCCCCCUACCAGUAAGACCGUGGGUUGGGUGCGUGAUUACCAGGCCGAACCCACGAAGCAUUACAUUGGGCCCAACAACCCAAUUCCCGUUGCCGGCAUUCGAGAGGAUCGCCGUCUCACGACAAUGGAUCUGGCGGAAUGCCACAAGUACGGCCAAUCAAAGCCGUACCGCAAAUUUGAAUGCCCCGUCUGUCGUACCGAUCUUCACUACACCGGAUGCUGCUGUGAAGUCCGGCCUGCUAUCAUCCCUACCAACAAGUCCACACGUUCUAUUGCCAGUCUUCUCGCGCUUCCGAAAACCUUUUUGGAGGUUUCCAGGGAUGCACCUACUGCUCGCCUCGACCAGGACACGACCGUGGAUGGGACGGACGUCAGACAAGAUACAACGGACGCCAGCCAGGACUCUUCGGACGAAGAGAAGGACUGUCCGGACAGCGAUGAGAAUGUCGCCGACAAGGAGAACGACAUGGAGGACGACGAGAUCAUCGCCAAUUACCGUCGUAACAUCACAUCUGCGGCCAACAACGACAACUACAUCGAGAGAAAGACCGCCGGCUCUCCCCGGUUCAGCCAGCAAGGGCCUAACGGAGCCAUCCGCAUGCUCACCCCUCGGCCCGUCAUAUACGACAUCAAGUCAAUCCGUCAACCCGGCUUCUACCCGGUUAUGCGCCUUCGCGCUCAGUACCCCGACCUGAACAACCCCAAGGGCUGGGACUGCCGCAUUGUAGGCGGCCGUCUCUCCGAUGUCGUCGACCCCGUGUGCGGUCAAUGCAUGUACGACUUGACUCGAUACCGCUGGCUCAAGCAUAAGUAUGACGAAGUUGAACCGGCGUGGAAAGGCUACAAUGCCUACGACUCAACUCUUCCUGAUAAGCUGCCCAAUGGCGAUGACCUACCCGGCGCCGGACUAAGACAAUUUCCCGGCUUGUCGUGGAAGUUGGCCGUCAUCAACGCGUAUCUCUGUUUAGACUCGAACGGUCGGAAGAGACAGCCGACCUGGGGCCGGUGGCCGAGGGAGCUCGAUUACAUGCUCAAGCACAGAGGCUGGACAGCGGGUGUCGACUUUGUAGAUUGGAAAAAGGCUGAAGUAAUGCCUGCCAUUCAUCCGAAGCAGUCUGAAGAGACUCCAAGAGAUUUGGGGGCUGUAAGUCAAUUCCUCAGCCACCUCUGCCGCUUCUUCACCAAGGCCAACAAGGAAGAGACUCGCGACACUGAGGGUCCAGUAGCCGAGGAUCUUGAAACUCUGGCGCUGUCGGUUGACUGGAAUCCAAGCCAGCGCGCCCUCGACAACGGCCUCCGUCUUUGCGAUAUGGAAGGGAUGGGACCAUACCCCGACUGGGACGAACUCUUGGAAGAGCCGAGUUGGCGGGCCCACGGAAUCAGCAAGGUCCCUCGGGACCGGUGGGGCCAAGCUUUCGGUCGCAAGGUGCAGGAUCACGUCUUGGGUGAAUGGGUGGAGGGACAUGGUCACGUCAUUCUCCAGACUGACAAGUUCAGUUUUUGUUCGAGGCGUAGGCUGCGGCCCACGCAGGGUCCGCGAGAGGCAAGUCGAUCUCGUUUUUCAUUUUGGCAGAGCGUUAGCACCCGUUUCACCCGCAUUCACAUCCCUUUUGUUAUAGGGCUUGUUUUGGCUUUAUUCUCCGUUUUGGCCCGAGACUGGACACUUGGAGUCCAGUUCGUCGACUGGAGAAAGGCAUCCAAGAAUGCCGAGGAGAGCCCAGAGACGGACCGUGACUGGACUCCCAGCGAGCAGUUCGUUAACAGCGGCCUCAAGCUGUCCGACGUGGAGGGAGUCCUAUUCAAAAGGAAGCCGGUGCAGUUUCUGACUGUUCCGAAUAUUGAAGAUGACAACCAAGAGGUUUGGCACAUCCCUCAGACGGGAGAGAUCUUCGUAACAUAUGAGGAAUACCUCUCGAGCAGCCGGAAUGGCAGGCUCGCGGGGUUAGCAAGGUUCCCCGCAACCACUGGGGCCGUGGGAUGCUGCAUGGUUAAUGAAUACUACCUAGAAAUUGAGUUAGAGGUUCAAUCACGGACGGUUCGCUGA